AUUUCAGUGAUUAGUGAAGAUAAGCGGUACAGAAAAUUAAUGGAUGAAUGGAUAUACUGUUGCAAGACUGCAAAAAGGCCAUAAAAAGUUCAAAUGAGAAUCAAGGUUUUGGCCAGCAGGGGGUGGUGUGUACACAUGAAGCAUCGAGAAAUCAAACUUUUUUUAAACCACGUGGAUGGAACGCUUCAAGCCUUCAUAAAGCUUCAUCUGGCUAUCACUGCUUAUUUUUCAUUACAUCUUUUAGCACAAUGGUUGUCUAGAAGUUUCAGUAGACUUGGGUGAGCCUGAGGCGCAGGCAGAACAGUUGCUGUUAAUGAUUGGCUGAAUUCAAAUUCCUCUUGUCCAAUCAAAUUAUGAGACUUUUCUUUUUCGGAGCGGACCAAUCAGCCCUGGCGUGUCUGGAGCGGUUCGCCUUAAAAGCCGCUCACCGCGUUGAAAAAGUCAGUCGACUUUGUGACGUUGUAAUGGCGAGAACCAAGCAAACAGCCCGCAAAUCCACCGGUGGCAAAGCCCCCAGGAAACAGCUGGCCACCAAAGCUGCCCGCAAGAGCGCUCCGGCCACCGGCGGCGUCAAGAAACCUCACCGCUACAGGCCCGGCACCGUGGCUCUCCGUGAGAUCCGUCGCUACCAGAAGUCUACCGAGCUGCUCAUUCGCAAGCUGCCCUUCCAGCGCCUGGUCAGGGAAAUCGCUCAAGACUUCAAGACCGAUCUGCGCUUCCAGGGUUCCGCAGUCAUGGCUCUGCAGGAAGCAAGCGAGGCCUACCUGGUCGGCUUGUUCGAGGACACCAACCUGUGCGCUAUCCACGCCAAGAGAUCGACAAUGUCUGGAAGAGGCAAGGGUGGAAAGGGUCUCGGCAAAGGGGGCGCCAAACGUCACCGCAAAGUUCUUCGUGAUAACAUCCAGGGCAUAACCAAGCCCGCUAUCCGCCGUCUGGCUCGCCGCGGCGGAGUCAAACGUAUCUCCGGCCUCAUCUACGAGGAGACUCGCGGUGUCCUUAAGGUCUUCCUGGAGAACGUCAUCCGCGACGCCGUCACCUAUACCGAGCACGCCAAGAGAAAGACAGUGACCGCAAUGGAUGUGGUGUACGCUCUCAAGAGGCAGGGGCGCACUCUCUACGGCUUCGGCGGUUAAAUUCGCCACUUCGUCCACUAACAAACCAAAGGUCCUUUUCAGGGCCCCACACUCAUUCUACUAUGAGCUUUAAUUCCCCUAUAAUUUUGAAGGAUGUUAUAGUUCUGUUAAAGCGAUUAUGUUAAUGAUUUAGGCUCCUUACUGCUACCAAGUGGCUCAUAUUUCUUCAAAUGUUACUAAAUGUAACUUGAAUAAAUAUGAUCAAACUUGAAGUACACAGUGGCUGGCACUUAAAAUAACAGCAGGUUCCAUUGCUUGCUUUUUUUGUCCAAAAGCAGUUAAGAGUUUAUAAAAACAGUUUAUAGAGUUUUUACAAUGUUUACUGGGGAUGUACAUUAAUACUGCACAUUAUACUCGUGCCACAGUGAGGUGCUAGGACAUAUAGGAUGCGUCAUCGUCAAGCCUGUUAGCAAAUAUUCCUGUUUGUCAGUCGACUUCUUUGAUGGCUACUCGCUCCGUGAGACUGACUAGAGCAACAGCACCUUAAUAAAUAUGCAUGCUUGGCUAAAUACAGUAAAGUAAACCCUUUUUCUCCAUUCAUCUGAAUGCAAUGUAAAGAAGCAACAACGGGUGAACAGAACAUUGUGAAUGUGUAUAUAAUUUGCUUUUUCC